AUGUUUGCCAAGAUGAUCAGAACCGCCCGUGGUCAGGACACCCUCUUAGCAGUGCGCCCUCUGGAUUUCGGUGGUCCUGAGCUGUCAGAUGAGAUGAAGAAGCAGGCGGCAGAGUCUGUGGACUUGGAGUCGUUUUGGUGCCGCCCACCCCGCUGCUUCCCAUUUCAGAGGGAGCACUCCGAUGGUCUCAGGCUGGGUGCCACGCUGGAAUUCCUGAAGGCUAAGAAGUUUGUGUGCGAUUCUUCACUGCUGCGUGAGGAUCACCUGGUCAGCGUGAGUCCCCUUGUGUCGAUAAUCCCAAAGCGAAGGGACGCGAAUUCAUUGGUCAUUGACUUGCGAUCCGUGUCCAGCCUCACUGGAUCAGAUUAUCUCAGGUUUUCGCUCCACUGCAGCGUGGCUCUGGAAGCGCCGGUGAAGCUGCUGGGUUCAUGUGGAGAGGCAACACUUCGCGAUCUUCAUGGAUGCCUGCCUGCUUCGCAUCUUACAGGGCAGCCGCCAAGAAAAAAACGCACGCACGUUCAGAGCCCUCCGCCGGACGAACUGGUCUUGCUGUUGCAAGUUCUGGUUUAUGGUAACGUCGCCUUCCUGCGGCCGAUCCCUUCAGAGGAG